CAAAAAGUCUGUUAACUCAAUAUAAGAAAAGAUAUUCAUUUACUUCACUAAGCAAAGUUUUCAAACGCUGUAAAUUUGUAUCCCAGCUUAUUUUGUCAAAAUUGCAGUAUAUUGAUUCGAAGUCCUUGAUCUACACAUGAAUAAUCCCAAUUGGCGCUGGAGUCGUCAUGAAAGGAGGGGAAGAGAUGGUGGCGAACCAGGUCCUGCGGAGGGACCGGAGGUCUUGGUCAUCAACGAGCGCGAGUUGCGGGCCUUCAUUUUCCGGGUGUACUUAUCCUCCGUAGUGCUGGGUUUGCUCUCCUCCGUUCCGUGGAUCAUACUAUCCGCACUCAACGUGAAAGUCUACGAGGACAUUCCUGUGCCGCCGUACGUGUGGCUCAUAUUGUCCUUCCUCAUCCUCACGGUGCUCAGCUGCUUCCGGCAGACCCCGGCAUUGACCCUGCUCUGUUGGGCCUUGGUGCUGGGAUCCCUGUUCUUCAUCACCCUGUUCGGAUCGUAUUAUAUGCAUCGAGUGCACGUCUGGAAGCUCUUGGUGGCCAUUUUGGUGGCCGGCGCCCUGCUGGGCCUGCUGCACUUGUACGGGGCCAAAAGUCCGGAGGUUCUGCUACCCAACGUCAUAUGUACCUGCUGCAUUUUCCUGCUGCUCACCGUCACCAUGCUCGUGUUGCUCAUACUCUACUUCGUCAUCAAGGACUUGCGGUACCUCCUGGCCCUUGGCAUCGUCUUCGUCGUCCUGAUCGCGUUCAUGGCUCCCUUCGCGGCUCGCUACAUUUGUGGAAGGCUGCAGCAGGUGCCUUUUGGGGAGACUGCGGAUUGCGCCAAUGGCAUUUACCUGCACUUUGUUUUCCUGCUCUUCUGCAUGCUCAUGUUUGUCUACUACCAUAAUCGCACCAAAGACGAUUAGUCCAAAAAUAUGUAAUGUGUGCAGAAAUAUAAGCAGAAAAGUA